CAAUCGGAGGGAAAUAGCCGGUUUUAAUGAGCUUACUGUCUAUUGGAUAGAUAGAGUCUGCGGUAAACACCUUAUAGCGGACGUUAACCCCUACAAUAAUACUGCCUUUGGGCAAAUUUCUUUAUUGUUUGGGAUAGACAGUCAGUAUCACGACAAUAAAGAUAAAAGUCACGAUGUCGUCAACAAACAAUACAGCCGAUGUUAUUAACGGUACAUCACAAGCUUCGGGGAAAGUACCGCGUCAAACUGUAGAUGAGCAGUUUUUACGUGAUAUAUUUGAGAUUAUGGUAAAAGAUGCUUUAAGAGAUGGAAGGGAUCCUCACAGUAAAGUUAUUGAUUGGAAACAUCCACAUGAAUUAGAGAAAAUAUUAGAUCUACAAAUACCUGAAAGCUCUACAUCUAAACCAGUAUUAUUAGAUAUAUGUCGUCAAGUCGUACAGUAUAGUGUAAAAACAGGUCAUCCUCAUUUUUUCAACCAACUAUGGGCAGGUGUAGAUUCUUAUGGUUUAGCUGGUGCUUGGUUGACAGAUGCCUUAAAUUCUAGCCAAUAUACAUAUGAAGUUGCUCCAGUAUUUACGCUGAUGGAGAAGACAGUUCUAUCUAAGAUGCUGAGUCUAAUCGGUUUUCCGGAUGGUGAUGCUAUUUUCUGUCCAGGUGGCUCUGUAUCUAACAUGUAUGGUAUAAAUUUAGCCAGAUUCAAUUCUUUUCCUGAAGUUAAAACAAAAGGCAUGCAGGGUCUACCUAAUCUUUGCGUACUUACUUCUGAUAAGGGUCAUUAUUCUAUGAAGAAGGGAGCGGCGAUGUUGGGUCUAGGUAUAGAUAAUAUUAUACCGGUAGAAACUGACGAGAUUGGUCGAAUGAAACCCGAGAAAUUAGAAUCUACUAUACUAGAUGUUACGGCACAGGGUCGUGUUCCAAUUAUGGUCAACGCUACGGCUGGGACAACUGUUCUUGGCGCCUACGAUCCACUAAACGCUAUAGCAGAUAUUUGUCAGAAACAUGGUAUUUGGAUGCAUGUGGAUGCAGCUUGGGGUGGAGGCGUAUUAUUAUCAAAGAAGUACCGACAUUUGAUUGCUGGCCUUGAAAGAGUCGACUCCGUCACCUGGAAUCCGCAUAAAAUGAUGGGAGCGCCCCUACAAGCUGCGGCCUUCCUGACCAGACAUAAGACUCUACUAGCAGAAUGUCAUUCAGCACAUGCUAAAUAUUUAUUUCAACAAGAUAAGUUCUAUGAUGUGACUUAUGAUACCGGUGAUAAGUCCAUACAGUGUGGUAGAAAGAUUGACGUAUUAAAAGUAUGGAUGAUGUGGAAAGCUAAAGGAGAUGAACAAUACGAGAAAGAUAUCAACAAUAUCUUCCAUUGCGCCGAAUAUUUGACGAACCGACUACGUGAUACAGAAGGUUUUAGACUUGUUCUAGACAAGCCUCAAUGUACUAAUGUCGGGUUCUGGUAUAUACCACCUAGUAUGAGAGGACAGACAGAAGAUAAAGCUUGGUGGGAUAAACUCUCUAAGGUAGCACCAACGAUUAAACAGCGCAUGACAGAACAGGGUACGAUGUUGAUUGGUUACCAACCGGAAGGAAAUCGGGUGAAUUUCUUCAGAAUGAUUGUCUCUAAUUUAGACGUGACGACGGCAGAAAUGGACUUCGUUGUUUAUGAAAUAGACAGAUUGGGCAACGAUCUUUAAUUGUUCGGACUUGGUUUUUGACAUAACAUAAUAAAGCUCAAUUCUAAUGACAAAUAAUCACUGUGUUUUGGUGCCAGGCCUUCUCAUAACUAGUCAUACUAGUAAUUAUUGAUUAAUGAUAAAGUUUUGAAAUUUAUCGUCAUACUGUAUUUUUAAUAAUUGUGAUAUGAGAUGAUGUGUGUAGAUUGUUUGCAAUUGACAUACGAAUGUAAUGUAUGUUUAUUGCAAACUAAUAAACAUUUAUAUGACUCUAAAUUUAAAGUUAAAAGUCUAUAUCUCAGCAAUGGAUUGAAAGUUCUGUUUUGUAUUGAUUGACAGGUCUGUGUUGUAUUGAUUGACAGGUCCGUGUCAUAUUCUGUAUAUUAUCAGUAUGGAGCAGUCUCGGGAGCCUUUAUUGUUUUCUUUUACCAUAUGGCACGAUUCUGACAGUUUUGCCCUCCAAGGAUCCGGAUAUCAAUUACAUCUAAAUAAAAAAAUUAUAAAAUUUAUAUUUGAUAUGAUGGUUGGGUAAUUUUGUAAUGUUUUAUUUGUAUAGAUUAGUGUAUAUAAUAGUGUUUUUUAAAUAUUAGAUCCAUUUAUCAGACUAUGAGUAUUGCCUUCUUAUGAGUAUUGCCAACCGUAUAACGAAGGUUAAAGACACAUUAUGUAAAAUAUAGAUAAAGAGCUGUCAAUUCUUGCUAUAAUAUUGUUCAAAAAUAGAUAAUGACAAAUAUUGUUCAAAAAUAGAUAAUGACAAAUAUUGUUCAAAAAUAGAUAAUGACAAAUAUUUCAAUCAUAUUAUUUUAAUUUGAGAAAAGUUAUGAGCGUUGGAAGAUGUAGCGUAGAUUGUUUAUUAUCGUAGCAACAGUGCUUGAUAAAGGAGACUAAGUCUCGAUCAUCCAUUUGAUUGUUAAUUAUUUUUAAAAUACAUGGCAAAGUCCUAUAUUUCCUAAAAUUAAAUCGAAUUUAAAACGCAUUUAGUUAAAGACGCAUUAUGUAAGAUUUAGAUAAAGAGUUGGUCGUUCUUCUAUAAUAGUUCAAAAUAGAUAAUGCAGAAUCAAUUUAAUUCAAAUUACUUUAUUCUGAGCGAAGUUAUCACUCCUUGACAAUGUGGAUGGAUAGUUUAUUAUCGUAACAAUGGUACUUGUUAUUCAAGACUUUGCCUCGAUUCGCCGCCGUUUUUUAUUUAAAUCAUUAAAUGGCGACCGUGUUUUAAUCUGUUUAAAUCCCCACCAUCCGAUGGUCUAGAGCCUUGAUUAUUGGCUUGUCAUGUUAAUAAACGUUGAAAUAAUAGUUAAUAUGACAUUUGAAGCCGAAAUAAAGACCUGCAAGAGGCAGAUUUAGCUCUUACAUAAUGCACCUUUAAAAUAUUUUAAAUUGCUUUUCUUGGUUGAUCAUUUACAUCGUAGAAUAUAUAGAGAAUCGCAGAAAGUUGCUCAAUGUAUUCAUCCUUACGGCAUUAUUAUGUUAUUGAAUAAAUAAUAUUGUUAUUAA